GGGGAUGAGGGAUCGAUGGAGGAGCAGGAGGAAGAGGAGGAGGGGGAAGAGGAGAGCUGGGAGAAGGCGCUCUCUGUGGAGCGGUUUGGAGACAUCAUUAGUGAUUCGGCCUCCACGAGUGGAGCGAGGAUGGGCCGACACUACAGUGAGAAGGACUUUGAGUAUCAUAGACACACAUUUCACCACACACACCACCCCUUGUCCACCCAUCUGCCCCCGCCACAGCGCCUACGCAAGAGGGUGCACAGCAUGGACCGUCAGCGGAGGAAGAAACGGAAGAAAAAAAAGACUUCCGUACCCCCUUCCGAAGUGACACCCACCAUCCAUGAGGUAGACGAGGAAGAGGCGGAGUCUGAGACAGAGGGACAGGGCGUGGCGGCCACACCCACAGGGUUGAUCAGCGACCAACCACAGUUUAGUUUGGGGAGCCAAGAGGACUCGGGGGAAGCCCUUCCUGUCACCACCUUCUGCAUGGAAAAUGAGGUACAUUCAAGAUCAGAGAGAGACACCCCCACUCUGAUGAUGGUGGAGGGGACGGAGGUUGUGAGAAGUGCUGUCCUUGGUAGCGAAGAGGAGGAUGGAGAGGUCGAUGCAAGAAACAGUGAACACAGCCAAGGCCUGGUGGACGCCGGCUGUGGAGACCCAUGGCUGAUGCUGUGUUAUGAAGCCCUCUGUUGGUUUGGAGAGGGCAAUGCAGCCAAAGAGUUUUCUUUACCCGUCCGCAGUGUGCUUCAGGGAUCAGACCCGUCAAGUGUGACCACUACCUGCGGCUGGUUCCGGAGGAAGCCUGUCCACCAUCGGCUAGCAGGGGCGCAGCGAAGCAGCUACGACCUGCGAGAGCGGAUCUGUAUCGGCAGCAUGACGGCCCUGGAGACGGCUGUCUACCAGCAGGUGCCAACGGAUGAGGCCGAGGCCCAGAUGCUGGCUAGCGCUGACCUGGAUGACAUGAAAAGUCACAGAUUUGAGGACAACCCCGGGGUGAGGCGCCACCUGGUGAAGAAGUCAUCCCGAUGCCAGUUGUCACGGACGAGCAACAGCUCCACACCGCUGUCCAGCCUGAAGAAGAAGAAGAGGGCAGCAGAUAAGAAAACUCAUGAGGUGUUUGUGGAGCUGAAUGAACUGAUUGUAGAGAAGGACCAUGAGAUGCGUUGGAAGGAGCGUGCCCGUUGGAUCAAAUUUGAGGAGGAUGUGGAGGAGGAGACAGAUCGCUGGGGAAAACCACAUGUGGCCUCGCUGUCCUUCCGCAGCUUGCUUGAGCUUCGUCGCACCAUCACACACGGUGCCAUCCUGCUGGACCUGGAGCAAAAUUCACUGCCUGGCAUCGCCCAUCUAGUGGUGGAAACUAUGAUCAUCUCUGACCAGAUCAGAGCUGAGGACCGACCCAGUGUACUCCGUGCUCUGCUGCUCAAACAUAGCCAUCCGAGUGACCUCAAACAUCGUUUCCACCGCCAUCACUCCUCCGCCAGUCUCCAUGGCAGCUACAACCACAACCAUGUCCAGGACACCAGUCUGCCGGCGGUGGCUGAAGAACACGAGGAGCACCACGAUAACAAAGGACCGGAGUAUGACCCAAAACAAGACGUGUUCGUUAGCUUGUUUAAAUCCCUCCACCCGCUGCCUCCUGAGAGCCAUCCAGCUGCAGCCAGAUCCAUGAAACUCUUGGCCAAGAUUCCCAAAGAUGCUGAAGCCGUCAUCGUAUUAGUUGGAUGUGUUGAGUUUCUGGAGCAGCCGGCCAUGGCCUUUGUCAGGCUGAAUGAGGCAGUGCUGCUGGAGUCAGUGCUGGAGGUCCCCGUGCCCGUUCGCUUCAUUUUUGUCCUGCUGGGACCCACUCAGUCCAACAUGGACUACCACGAGAUUGGACGCUCCUUCUCAACCCUCAUGUCAGACAAGAACUUCCACGAGGUGGCCUAUUUUGCUGACGACAGACAGGAUCUCCUGAAUGGGAUCAACGAGUUCCUGGACUGCAGCAUUGUCAUCCCACCAUCCGAUGUGGAAGGGAAGGACCUGCUGAAGACGGUGGCCGACUUCCAGAAGCAGAUGUUACGCAAGAGGAAGGAAAGAGAACUCAAGAAGCAUCACUCCUUCUCACCUGGAACAGAGCAGGACAAUAAAGAAGUGAGUCCAGAGGAGCAGGAGGAGGGAGACCAGGAGGUGGACCCUUUGAAGCGCUCGGGGAUCCCAUUCGGGGGCCUGAUUCAUGACAUUCGCCGCCGCUACCCGCGCUAUGUCAGUGACAUUAAGGACGCUGUGGACAUGCAGUGUGUCGCUGCGGUCAUCUUUAUCUAUUUUGCAGCACUGUCACCAACCAUAACCUUUGGAGGCCUUCUGGGGGAGAAAACAGAAGGCAUGAUGGGAGUAUCUGAGCUUAUCGUUUCCACAGCCACUCUCGGCGUUAUAUUUUCUCUGCUUGCUGGACAACCUCUUCUGAUUAUAGGCUUCUCUGGCCCAUUGCUGGUGUUUGAGGAAGCCUACUACAAGUUCUGCCAGGCCCAGGGUUUUGAGUAUCUGACUGGCCGGGUGUGGAUUGGUUUUUGGCUUAUCUUCAUCGUCUUGGUUAUCGUGGCAGCAGAGGGCAGCUUCCUGGUUCGUUACAUCUCUCCCUUCACCCAGGAGAUCUUUGCCUUCCUCAUCUCCCUCAUCUUCAUCUAUGAGACCUUCUCCAAGCUCAUCAAGGUCUUCCAUGAACAUCCACUAAUGGCAAGCUACCCCACUGCCCCAUCCACACCAGGAGCCCCACAUCUUAACCAUCUCUUAAGUCAUACAGAUGAAAUCCCAGCUGGCGACGGCCACCUCCACAACCAGCCCAACACUGCUCUGCUGUCUCUGGUCCUCAUGAUGGGAACUUUCUUUGUGGCUUUCUUCCUUAGGAAGUUCAGAAACAGCCGGUUCUUAGGCGGCAAGGCCAGAAGAGUUAUUGGUGACUUUGGCAUCCCAAUCUCAAUAUUAUGCUCAGUAUUGGUGGAUUACUCCAUUCCUGAUACUUACACACAGAAACUCAAUGUGCCGUCGGGUUUUUCUGUCACAUCCCCUGACAAGAGAGGGUGGUUCAUCAGUCCCUUUGGAGACAAGCACCCCUUUCCCACCUGGAUGAUGGGGGCGUCUAUUGUUCCCGCUCUUCUUGUCUUCAUCCUCAUUUUCAUGGAGACCCAGAUCACCUCGCUUAUCGUCAGUAAAAAGGAGCGUCGCCUGGUGAAGGGCUCGGGUUUCCACCUGGACCUGCUACUUAUCGUCACCCUUGGUGCCAUCUGCCCCCUCUUCGGCCUGCCGUGGCUAACUGCUGCCACCGUGCGCUCAGUCACACACGUCAAUGCGCUCACAGUCAUGAGCAAGGCCACAGCACCUGGCGAAAAGCCGGUGAUCCAGGAGGUCAAGGAGCAGAGGGUGACUGGGUUGAUCGUGGCUGUGCUCGUCGGUCUGUCCAUUGUGAUGACGGACAUGCUCCGCCUCAUCCCGUUGGCUGUGCUCUUUGGCAUCUUCCUCUACAUGGGCGUCACCUCUCUGACGGGCAUCCAGCUUUAUGAGCGUAUCACUCUCAUGGUCACACCUGCCAAGCACCACCCUGACCACAUCUAUGUCACCAAGGUAAAGACAUGGCGUAUGAACAUGUUUACUGCCGUCCAGCUGGUGUGUAUCGUGGCUCUGUGGGUAGUGAAGUCUACUGUGGCCUCCCUGGCUUUCCCCUUCAUCCUCAUCAUGACCGUGCCACUACGCCGCCUCAUCCUCUCCAGGAUCUUCGAGGAACGUGAGCUCCAGGCGCUCGAUUGCGACGAGGAUUCUCCCAACUUUGACGAAGACGGUCGAGACGAGUACAACGAGAUUCACAUGCUGGUUUAAAAAUUGGACACAGCCAAAAAGACUUUGUCCUUCAGCGCCAACCAAUCGGAUACAGUGCCCCCCCCCUCUCCGGAAACCCAAGUUUCUCUGUGUA